AUCUCUGACUUAAUGCGUCAGUCUCUCCGUGUAUCUCUUCGUUUGUGUGCUGGUGCCUUCUCGUUUCGUUACCUCAACAUGAUUACUGGCCGAAUCUUAGACCUUGUGAUCGGAGCUCUUAUUUUCGCAUCAUUAACCGAAUCCCUACCGGCACGACUGAAAGAAAGAAACCUCCUUUACUCCGAACCUGGGGUAGUAGCUGUCUACAUUAGACCAGGAGACACGCCUCUCCAAGACAUAAAUCCGGAUCUGGCAGAAGCGUUCAACUUCAAUGAUGUAAAAUACGGAAGACGCGCUUUCGGAAGGGAUAUUAACAAGAUACUUAACGAGAAGAAGGAAAAUUCCGUCCUUUUCAGUUCUGGUGAGUUAGCGGAAGGAGAAAGCUACGCCCCAAAGAAGAAAAGCCUCAAGGAAAGGGGGGAGUCUCACAUCCAGAAGAUUCCAAAACAUUAGUGGAUGCUCUUUGUGAUUUAUCUAAUGCAUAUUUAUUUUUGUAAAUAAAUAUUCUCACACGA